AUGUUGCAGUCGUUAGCCGGCAGCCGCUGCGUGCGGGUGAUUGAUGGGAACCGUUCGGCGUGGUAUUUUGCCUUCCUCAUGGCCAGCUACAUCCUCUACCUGGUGUUCGGCGCGUUGAUCUUCUCCUCGGUGGAGCUGCCCUAUGAAGACUUGAAGAGGAAGGAAUUGGAGGAGGUGAAGCGGAGUUUCCUCAGCGAGAACCAAUGCCUGUCCGAGGAGCAGCUGGAGGUCUUCCUGGAGCGGGUGCUGGAGGCCAGCAACUACGGGGUGUCCAUCCUCAACAACGCCUCAGGGAACUGGAACUGGGACUUCAUGUCGUCGCUGUUCUUCGCCAGCACCGUGCUGUCCACCACAGGGUACGGACACACAGUUCCAUUGUCGGAUGGAGGAAAGACGUUCUGCAUCUUCUACUCCGUCAUCGGAAUCCCCUUCACUCUGCUCCUGUUCACAGCUGUGGUCCAGCGGAUCAUCGUCCACAUAUCGCAGAGGCCGGUCCUCUACAUCCACCUGCGCUGGGGCUAUCCCAAAAACAUCGUGGCCAUAGUUCAAGCCGUUCUCCUGGGGAUCCUCACCGUCUCCUGCUUCUUCUUCAUUCCGGCCGCCGUAUUCUCUGACCUGGAAGAGGACUGGAACUUUUUGGAGUCCUUCUACUUCUGCUUCAUCUCGCUCAGUACCAUCGGCCUGGGCGAUUAUGUCCCCGGUGAGGGCUACAACCAGAGAUUCCGACAGCUCUACAAGUUUGGCAUCACUUGCUACUUGAUGUUGGGCUUGUUGGCCAUGCUGGUGACCCUGGAAACAUUUUGUGAACUUCAGGAACUGAAAACAUUCCGUAAGCUGUUCUACGUGAAGAGAAUGAAGGAUGGAGAUCAGGAGAACAUCAUGGAGCAUGACCAGCUGGCCUUCUCCUCCAUCUCAGACCAAGUGGCAUCACUGAAAGACGAGCGGAAACUAAGCGAGCCAUUUGUAGCCCUCCAACCUGUCGUCAAUUACAACGGUGAUGGCUCUUUAAACAAUGAGCACUAG